CGGACGCCAAACAAGCGGCCAGCAGCGAGCGACCCGACCGACCGACGGCAUCAAGAUGGCGGCCAUGCUCGUGAAGAACGCACUGCAGCUGAGUCUGCGCGCGCGACAAGCCGCGUCGGGCGCGCGCGCCCUGUCCAGCGUCUGCAGCGGCAGCUUCUCCUCCUCGCCCAGCGCGCUGCCGCACCCGGCCGUGCUGAUGAUGGCCACGCCCUCCGCCCACAUGAACGCGCUGGUGCAGAACCCGCUGGUCUUCGAGACGGGCGUCACGCGCGUGCAGAUCGACGACUUCCUGCCGCAGAUCAACCAGAUCGGAGAGCUCGAGUGCCCCACGGAGAACCUCAACGAGCCCCUGCAGGCCAUUAAGCGCACGUACCAGCCCAGCGUCCUGCGUCGCAAGCGCAAGCACGGCUUCCGCACGCGUCGCGUGUCCAUCUCGGGCCGCAAGGUGCUCAAGCGCCGCUACAACAAGGGCCGGUGGCGUAUGUCGCUGUAAGGCGUUCGAGUAGAGACGGCCAUAGUAGCAACGAGGGGGGGGGGACAGAGUCGACGUAGAGAGGAGGAGGCAGGUUGCGGCUAGAGGACGAUGUAUUGAGCGACGCUUGCUUCGAGGACUCAUGCAUCUCCACGCUCCGCGAUUCAGGGGUGACUACUGUAAGCAGCGCGUCCCUGGUCUGCAUAAAGCGAG